AAAUCACAAAUACGUCACAGCCAUACUGAUAUCACGGUACCAAGUUUCGACAAUUACCGUCGCGCAGCCAAUUCAAAUCCUGAUACUUCUAAUACCAAUCCUGAUGGUCGCCGAGCUUUCACCUAUAUGAUGGUUGCAGGUGGUGGGGUUGUAGCUGCUCACGCUGCUAAAAAUGUAGUUACAGAUCUUGUAUCAACUAUGAGUGCAUCAGCAGAUGUUCUCGCUAUGGCCCAAAUAGAGGUCGAUUUAACUACCAUUCCAGAAGGUAAAAGUGCAGCUUUCAAAUGGCGGGGCAAACCUUUAUUCAUCCGUCAUCGUACAGCAACAGAAAUUGAACGAGAACAAAAUGUUAACUUGGACGAACUACGUGAUCGAGAACAUGACAAUGAUCGAGUGAAAGACCCCUCUUGGUUGGUAUUAAUUGGAGUGUGUACACAUUUAGGUUGUGUACCUAUUGCAGAUGCCGGUGAAUUCGGUGGCUAUUUCUGUCCUUGUCAUGGAUCUCACUAUGAUGCAUCUGGCAGAAUUAGGAAAGGUCCUGCACCGUUAAAUCUAGAAAUCCCUUCUUAUAAGUUUGCCACUGAUACUACCUUAUUGGUAGGUUAG